AUGAAGAGUCUUUUACUUUUAUUCACCUUGAUAGUCAAAAGUAGUCAGCUAACGCUGAAUGAGUGUGGAGCAGAAUCAAGAAGGCCACGGGCUGAUGACAUUUCAGUGCAGUGUGGUACUUCAUUCAUUAGUCUGGCGAUCCAAAUCUGCCCAGUCAUCUACACUGGCUACAACGAAACUCUACUGAUCCUGAACUCCAUGUUGGACACAACCUGUAGAGCAACCCUCGAUGAAUCUGUGAGUCCACCUGUUGCCCGCUUCAACUUCCCCUUAAACAUGACCCACGCCUGUGGAAGUGUGUUCCGGACCACCAGUGCAGCUGGAACAGGUAUAUUCUCCGACUUCUCCAACAUCCAGACAGUCAACAUCAGCGGCAUAGUUCGGUCCGUUGAUCUUACAACUGGCACAGUCACCUACAACGCUGAGCUGAAGUACUACUACUCCUGCGCCUACCCCUUAGAAUAUCUGAUCAACAACACCCAGGUUGAUGUGUCAUCUUCCUCCAUUGCUAUCAAGGACAACAAUGGAAGUUUCAUCAGCACCCUGAGUAUGAGGCUGUUCCGUGAUUCCGACUACAACAUACCCAUGGUCAUUCCACAGCUGGGGAUCGAAUUGAGGACCAAGGUGUAUGUUGAGGUCAAGGCAACUAACUUGACAGGCCAGUACCAUGUCUUGCUUGACCGGUGCUACGCCACCAUCUCACCACUGCCUUCUAACUCUAGCUACUUCAACCUGCUUGUCCCUUGCUCCAAGGACCAGUUCACCACCAUUAUUGAGAACGGCGACAGCCAGAGCUCCCGCUUCUACUUCCCAGCCUUCCGCUUCAUCGAGCAGCAGGAGCAGACCGUGUCCACCUACCACCUUCACUGCGUCACCCGACUGUGUGAGAAGAGCACCUGCAACGCAUUCAAGCAAUGCAACCUCAAGAGGAGGAAAAGGAACACUGUGGAUGCAACCGCAGAGAGUAUGGACCAAACUUACACCAUCACCUCUGGAGAGAUCAUCACCAAAGCCGAGUCUGGCGAGUCCAAAGAGAAGCCCGUUGUUGCAGAAGAAGAAGAUACAUCUGCUGUGGGGCUUGGUGUGACUGUUGGCGUUCUGACUGUUGCUUGCCUCAUUGCCUUUGGUGUUGCAGCUGUGUUUUAUAAACGGCUCAGGAACUAAUGAGGCAUCCAUGAGCUGAAAACUAGAAUACCUGCCUCACAACACAUUGUGAGGUGUGCUGUAUCUGCUUGCUCAUUUUAUUUCUUUGGUGGAGGACUGGGCUCAGCUCAUCAAACAUCUGUUGGGAAAUCUUUGCAUGUCUGUAGUGCUAAGUGUGUAUCAGUCCUGGUAAGAUAGUUGGGAGAAUUGCGAUGCCAAAUGAUACUGUAGAUUUUGCUAGUGUCAUGCAUUCCUUAUUCCCUAAAUUGACAAAUUAAAGCUUUGAGUGUAAAUGCAUGUCUGCACUUUAUAAGCUUUGAAAAAAAAAAGGUAAUUGGAGCGAAAUUGUGCCAAAACAUCAGUUUUUAUCCCAAAUCUUUUGAAAGUGAAGUCAGAGUACCUUUCAAAGUAUUAUGUCUAAUUUAUUGAAUUCUUCAUUUUUCAGCAAAUAUUUUCAGAUCAAAUAAAGUUGUUGAUCUGAAAAUGCUUCACUGCCCGAAUCCAGAAGCUGCUGUUGUUUUUCACUAGAUUGACAUCAGCUUUUAAACUAAUCCAUUGAUUGAGUCCACAAAGAACCUUUGGCCAAACCACACUUGUGUUCAUCUCGUGCGAGCACACACAAGUAAUUUAGCAACAAAUAAAUUACUA